UGGACCAUGGAGGCUCCAAGUUCGUUUGCACUGGACUGGUACGCCCGUUCGCUGCCUAAGACGCGAGCGAGCGAUUUGAAGCUGUGGCUCUGUGAGCUCUGCCUGCUACUGCUGGCUUCUGGCCUGAGCGCGACUUUUUUGCCGCACGAAGAGGACGUGAGCUUCAUCAAUGAGUACGUGAACCUCCACAAUGAGCUCCGAGGCAACGCCAUGCCCCGAGGGGCGAACUUGCGCUUCAUGACCUGGGAUGUAGCUUUGUCACGGACUGCGAGAGCCUGGGGGAAAAAGUGUGUGUUUAAACACAACAUUUAUUUAGAAGAACUACAAAUGGUCCAUCCUAUAUUUAAUGGUAUUGGUGAAAAUAUGUGGGUCGGCCCUGAAAAUGAAUUUACUGCAAGCCUUGCUAUCAGAAGUUGGUAUGCAGAGAGAAAAAAGUAUAACUUUGAAAAUGGCAGUUGUUCUGGUAACUGUUCUAAUUAUCUACAGCUUGUUUGGGACAAGUCUUACAAAGUUGGUUGUGCUGUUACUCCAUGUUCAAAAGUUGGACGUAUUAGAUAUGCAGCAAUUUUCAUAUGCAACUAUGCACCAGGAGGAACUCGGACAAGAAGGCCUUAUAAAGCAGGACUAGUUUGCACGCAGUGUGGCUCAGAGGACAGAUGCACAGAUUUUCUAUGCAGUAAGACAAAGAAAAUGACUUUAACAUGAAAACAACCCAUAGUGCAUAGGAUGAUGAGAAAAGUGA